AUGGACUCUCACGCGCUUGCACUCACCCCCUCCGCCCUUUUCCCCGCGCCAGUCCUUUCUUCCGCCUGCGCUGCGCGCGUCUUUCCCGCCAAUGGGGCCAGACGCAGCCGCACAUCCGCCGUUGCCCCUAUCCGCGCGUCAGCGCAGGCCGAAAACCAACCUUCCACCCACCCCUCCAUUUCCGCCACUCCCCCUUCCGCCGCUUCUGCCGCUUCCCCCGAAGCCCUCCCCAGACGCUCCGCGCUCGCGGGCGGACUCCUCGCCUUGGCUUCCGCCACCCUCUCCGCUUACCUCCCACUACCCGCCCUCCCUCCCGUCGCGCACGCCGCCGCGGACGCCGCCGCAACGGUGGAAGCCGCCGGCGGAAGCGACCUGCUGAAAGGGCUCCGAUCCGCGUUCGAUUCGGAGGAGCUCACGGCGAGCGGGCGGCGGCUUCCGAAGGCGUACGUGCGGAGCGUGACGGCGCUCAUCAGCAGCCUGCGCGACGCGCUGGGCGCGGAGGAGGGGGAUCGGGGGGAGUUCCGGCGGAAGGCGGAGGUGGCUAAGGGCGCAAUCCGCGCGUACCUGGGGGAGUGGCGGGGGAAAGCGCCGGAGAACACGGAGGGGACCGGAAGGAAGGUGGAACGAGGGGAGGGUGGAACGAGGGGAGGGUGGAACGAGGGGAGGGUGGAACAAGGGGAGGAGUUGAAAGCGUGGUCGUCUCGUCUCACUCAAUCCCAAUCGUCUGAACCUCAUUGCCCUCUUCCCCCUUUUCCUUCCUCUCCUCCCUCUCUCCCCUCUCCUCCCUCUCCCUACGACACCACCACCACCCCUUCUCGCGACUCUGCUCUCAAAACGCUCUCCCAGUUUUACAUGCCUGACCAUCAACUCCUCACUCGACUCGGUGCUCAGAACGUUCUCCCGCUUCUACAUGCGCAGUUCAGAGAAUCAAACACCAAGCUCCCUCUUUUUCCAUUUUCACAUUCCCUCUCUGCCUUUCCCCACAACACCCCUUCCUCCCUCUUCUCCUUCCCCCCCAAUCAGAUCAUCACCUCCUCUCUCGACUCUGUGCUCAGAACGCUCUCCCGCUUCUACAUGCGCAGUGGGGUCAACGCAAAGCUCCCUGCUGACGUCAGAGACGGGAUCCUUGCUGACCUGGCACUUGCAGAGGCUGCGUUGUAA